AUGCACCAGUUCAUCUGGCUACGGCACGUUGCAUUUUGGGUCGACGAGAUUCUGACAGAACUAGAACAGGCGGCGCUCUUCUCGCUACAGCACCUUCCCUUCCAAAGAAGCGCCCCUGGCAUCAGUACCGCGCGUUCCACUCACCCGCCUUUGAGUAGAGGCGCGCAGCAGCCGGAAAGCAAACCGCCAAGCCCUACGCACGAGCUUCGCCUUGGAAUGCGUACGCGCGGACGCGCAGAGACGGCGAAUAGCCGCGCAAGAUACUGGGAUGCGAGACAUGCGGGGAGGCCGACUGCGGUGCGUGCGGGACGGGACGGGCAUAGACUGAGCGCGGUGGGAGGCGCGAAUGCUGGCGAGGACGCGCUCACGAUGAGUAGCGUAUCAUCAUAUGCACAGACGUUCACAACGUUGGGAGCUGUCGCGUUCUUUGGUGCGUAUUUCUCGCCAGCCUUUCGAUCACGCAUACUCCUUGAAGGCCACCUAAAUUUGUACCUGCUAAUCGUGCACCCUACUGACAUCACUUACACAUAUCCAGGCGCGUCUAUCGCCUGGUCCUCCGUCUUCUCCGCCACCCGCGGUAACCUCCUCCUGCUAGUCUGGUCCGCAACGCUCUUCAUCCUCGCUGCCGUCGCUGCGGCCAGCUCUGGUCUCAUAGCGUCUUCGGAUCAGAUCGAUCUAGAGCGUGACAUGGGCGCGCGCCGUGUUCUCCGCGUGCUGGCGCUUUUCUCUGCGGCGCUCGUCCUCACAGGUAUAUGGCUGCUUUCUUUCGCCGCAGUGGGGUUGGAGGAUAUAGGGGACGGCGGGCGUGACAGAGGGCGUAAGGUGACGUGGGCGGCUGCGGCGGUCACAGUUGGAGGAUCGUGUGCGCUUAUAGGGUGUGCAGUGGUGGUAAGGGUUUGUUAUUCGAGGAACGACAGGGUGUGGAGGUUUUGAUUGGGCCUACACUGUCAGGGAUGCGCAUCCCACAGUUGCUCGCAGGUGGAUCAGAUAACGGAAUCGCAAGGACAGUUUGGCAAACUUGGGCUAUCGCAAUAUACCUUUGCUCGUCGUUCUACUGC